AUGUUGUUCAGCAAGAAAUGGGAUCCUAAAGACAAGCACGUCUACGUCACCGGCGGCUCGCAAGGCCUCGGACUCGCGCUCGCCAUCUUGCUCGUCAAGCGUGAAGCACAUGUGUCUAUCGUCGCGCGCAACCAGGAGAGGCUGGACAACGCGAAGAAGCAGAUCGAGGCGGCGAGAGUCUCACCAUCGCAGCAAGUUCACGCCUUCUCCUUCUCGCUCAACAGCGCAUCCGAGAGCGCUGCCGCGCUCAAAGCCGCGAGUGACGCGUUCGGCGGACGCGCGCCCGACGCGGUGUUCGCGUGCGCAGGGGCCGCGAAGCCGAUGUACGUCAUGGAGAUGAGCGAGGAGGAUAUGACGAAGGGCAUGAUGGACGGGUACUGGGUGCAGGCGUGGACUGCUUUCGCAGCUGCGAAGGAGAUGACGAGGCAGGGUGUCAAGGGCAAGAUUGUGCUCGUGUCGUCGACGCUGGGCUUGAUGUCAUUCGUUGGGUGGGCAUCGUAUGCACCUGCAAAGCAUGCGCUGAGAGGCCUUGCGGAUACACUACGUUCCGAGCUCCUUCUAUACGGCAUCGAUGUCCACAUCUUCUUCCCUCCGACGAUGAACACAGCUAGCUACGAAGAGGAAAUGAAGACCAAGCCUUUCCUUACGCGCAAGAUCGAGGAGACCGACGGUGGUUUAUCGUCUGACCAAGCUGCUCUCGGGAUGUUCAAGGGAGUGGAGAGCGGACAUGCGCACAUCGCCGCGGACCUCAUCACGCAUCUGUUCCGCGCGUCCACGCGCGGGAGUGCCCCGAUGAACAACGUUUUCGUGGACACGAUUCUGGAUUUCAUUGCUUUGAUUGGUGUGCCCAUAUGGCGUCGCGGCGCUGACAGGAUGGUUCUUGGCCAUCGAAAGGAGCAUGUUGAGUACCUGGAGAAGAAGGGUUUCUUUGCGUAG